GUGGAGAUGCCCUGCUCAAAUGCGUUUCUGUAAAAAGGAAUAUGGCCACCUUGUAUACAGUAUUAGCUAUAGUUUUGCUAUUCUAUCGAGUUACUCCUGGAUCAACAUCUUGUUUACCCGGCUGUUCUUGCACAAAUGACAACUUGGGAAGAUCCUUACUUUGUAUGGAAACCGCCAUGGGACGAAUCCCAGACAACGUUCCAAAUGAUUUCAGUAAAAUUCGAAUAGAGAAUUCCCACCUGACCGAAUUACCUCGCCGCUCCUUCGCUAACGUGAACGCCUUGGCGUCUCUGUGGUUGAAUUUCAACGACAUCACCCUGAUGAACAUCAAGAGUCUGGAGGGGCUGACGAAUCUAACAGAACUGCGGCUACAGGGAAACAAGCUGCGUUCAGUCCCAUGGACGGCGUUCCAGGAUACGCCGAACCUGAAGAUUUUGGACCUGAAACAUAACCGACUAGACGUGCUGCCGGAAUCCGCCCUGAGACAACUACCAGGCCUGACCUAUUUAGAUUUAUCCUUCAAUCAGCUUACUGUCAUAUCCAGGGAUGUCUUCCUCAACUGGCCUCUCCUCAACACGCAGGAGAGAAACGGAGGUAAAGAGGCCAGCAGUGGAGAGGCCAACGUCGUUUUAGCGCUGCACGACAACCCUUGGCUGUGUGACUGCCGCCUCAAAGGUUUCCUUGAGUUUAUCAAAACCGUUAGUCCACCUCUAAUUCUGAUGAACUCGUACCUGACGUGCACGGGCCCCAGUUCCAGGGCGGGGAAGUUCUUCCUCGAGGUCGGUUUGAAAACAUGUAUGAAACCCGAGGCCUCAGCCUCAGAAACCAACAUGACGGUGUCACUGGGGGACAAUGUAACCCUCCAGUGCUUAGUCAAAGCCAGGCCUGACCCCGCCAUCCACUGGUCAUACAGCCUAAAGAUUAUAAGGGGAUUUACUGUCUCAGAGACCCGUGUGGAUGAUGAGACCAUCAGAUCUCAGCUGGUCAUCCCAUCCCUUCAAAUGGCGGACCGAGGUGUCUACACCUGCUUCGCCAACAACUUCAUAGGCAACUCCUCCGCCAGUUUCCUGGUCAACAUCAAGUCUUUCAAUGCCUCGUCCUCCGGCGGUUCAGCCAUGUCUCCUCCCCCGUUCCCCCUGGCCUCAGCCGACGAGAACGUAUACAUUGACAUCCGCAUCUCCAAGCAGACGGUCUACGGCAUCACUCUGGAGUGGUACGCUGCGACAGACAACCCGUCAGAAACCUGGUUCACCAUCCACUUGGGGAAAUACCACUCGGACAAAAGGGAGUUGACAUACAUCGGGCCGGGCAUCAACACCUAUUCGGUCAACGACCUCAUACCGGUUACUAAAUACGAAGUGUGUGUGACGCUGAAGAACCAGAUGCCCCGCGCCGGCCAGUGCAUCGUGUUCGUAACAGGAAGUGACAUCAGCCAGCUGGAACAACGAGCGAAGCUCAUCCAUAUUAUGGUGAUCGUGUGUGCCAUGGGGCUGGCGGUGCCCGUGGGCAUGUACGCCUGCACCACCGACACCAGAUGUACGUUCAGCUGCCUGGACCGCUGUACGGAGCAGUGUAAGAGGAGGAGGAGGCAGGAGAAGACCCUGAGGACGAAUGGGGAGAGACAGGGGACCUUCGACAGCCUCCAGGCCGCCAGCGAUGAAGGACUCUGUGGUGACUCUGAUGAGGUGAUGAAGAAGAGGAGUAAGUCCUCAGAGGAAAGAAACAACCACAGGGGAAAAGCACAAGAUCUACCAGAGACAACCACUGGAGCAAAGCUAUAUUAGAUGUAGGUUUAACGAUUAAAAACGUGUACAAGACGUCUAGAGGAACAGUUAUCUGUAAUAAUGGGGGGCAGUCUUAUGUGAAGUGAAGCUUCAGGAAAUGCAUCUGUAAAGCUUAAAGGUGUCAUGCUAAGAGUGAAAUGCCUUCCUUCCAUGUCGGUAGCAAGGUUUAUUUGUUAAAUGAGUUUAUAUACUGUAUCUAUUUAGCUUGAUUGUUCUCUGUUUUAAAAGAAAAAAAUGGAAUACAAACUUAUCUGGCCAAAAAAAACAAACAUAAUGUUAAUUCUGUACAUGCAAUAUAGUUGCAAAUAUUUUCUUGUCUUCAGAAUGUAAUGAACUGCAUUUCCUCACGGUUCGUUGAAACUCAUUCAUUAGGAGAGGUUCAGUUAAAUCUACAGUAAUACACACUGUAUAUAGCCUUUGCACUACUACCUACGUAAUGAAUGAGGCUUCUUUGCUACUCUUUUCCUGUUUUUGACUCACUUUUUUAUAAGGGGUGGGAUGGUGAGGAUUAGAGUUGGGGGUGAAGAUGUUUGGGAUUAGAGUUGGGGGUGAAGAUGUUUGGGAUUAGAGUUGGGGGUGAAGAUGUUUGGGAUUAGAGUUGGGGGUGAAGAUGUUUGGGAUUAGAGUUGGGGUUGAAGAUGUUUGGGAUUAGAGUUGGGGGUGAAGAUGUUUGGGAUUAGAGUUGGGGGUGAAGAUGUUUGGGAUUAGAGUUGGGGGUGAAGAUGUUUGGGAUUAAAGUUGGGGGUGAAGAUGGACACUUGAGACAACACCAUCCUAAUUGCUCCCUACCCAAAUCCCAUUGGCCUUACAUUUUUGACUUUUACAAAUCUGAAGGGUCUGGAUUAGGGUUGUAAAAUUCUGGUACGGUUCCCAAAUCCUGGUUGGAGAUUAAUGGAAUCAGGAAAUCCUGGUUCGAGAUUCAUGGAAUCAAGAGGGAAUAAGCAUGAAAUUCCCAGAAAACCUGGGAAUUUUAGGAAAGUAACCGUAAUUUUGUAACCCUUUUCUGGAUAGGUAUAAGAGGUUUAGUUGUGGAAUUUCCUUUAUAUUUAUAACUGACACCUUACAGAUCUGUAAACAUCCAAGGGUUAGGGCAAGGGGGAACGGAGUGAAUUUUCACAGACUAACACUUUGAUUUUAGCACAAUCACUCAAAAGGAUGUGUUAUGUAAGCAUUGCUUGGUGUGCAUUUAUUCAUACACUGGUAAAGAGAUUAUAGUGUUUUUUUUUUUCUAUCUGAAUAAUCUGUAUCUUGUAUCUCUCUAGAUCUUAACCAUGUGUGUGUCCCAAAUGGCCCCCUAUUAUCUGUGUAGUGUACACUACUGGUCAAAAGUAGUGCACUACACACGGAAUAGGGUGCCAUUUGGGUCUCAUUAGAUCUUAACCAUGUCUCACAUAGAAUACCUUCUCUGAGUUUACUGCAAGCUGCAUUAGAUGAUCAU